ACUGAGACAUAUUUGAUAUGAAGCUGUAUAUUUUAGCAUACAGGAGACUCAUAUGGGUUCAUUUACUAGAUGAAGUUAUUUACUAGAUGAUGCAGUAGAAUCGCCUGGGUGGGAUUUAGAGGCAGAAUUUUUCUGUUUUAUGCAGAUAUUUGUGAGUAAGCUCUUACCGUGAUGAAACAGGAGUACCAGGACCUCAUCUUGCAGGCGUGUGGAGCUUCAUCUCUACGUGUCGGUGCAGACAUCCAGACUCUGUGGAGCGGCUAUGGGAAGAUCGUCCGAGUUCACCUGGAGGGCUGCGACCGGCCUUCUGUGGUCGUCAAACACGUUAAGUUUCCAGAGGAGGUGGAGCACCCUGGAGGCUGGAGCACAGACCGGUCUCACACUCGUAAAGUUAGAUCUUACCAGGUAGAGACGCACUGGUACCAGAACUGUUCCACCAAUCAGAGCUGUCGGAUCCCUGCCUGCCUGGCCGCCUGUUCCCAUGGAGACGAGAUGCUGAUUGUGCUAGAAGAUCUGGAUGUGGCUGGUUAUGAUCAGAGAAGGACCAGUGUGAAGGAGAAAGAAAUAAAGGCCUGUCUCAGCUGGCUUGCUAACUUCCAUGCUCUCUUCCUGGGUGUGGCCCCUGAGGGUCUCUGGCCCAUUGGUACGUACUGGCACCUGGACACUAGACCGGAUGAGCUGGAGGCCAUGGAUGAUGCUGAACUCAAAGCAGCAGCUGGUGAAAUUGACAGAGUACUGAAUGAAUGCAGCUUUAAAACCAUUGUUCAUGGAGAUGCUAAACUAGCAAACUUCUGUUUCUCCCAGAGUGGACGUGACGUGGCGGCCGUGGACUUCCAGUACGUGGGUGGGGGCUGUGGGAUGAAAGAUGUUGUGUAUUUUUUAGGAAGCUGCAUGGAGGAGAAAGAGUGUGAAAAGAGAGUCCCGGGCCUUCUGGACCACUAUUUUGAAGAAUUGAAGCAAUCAGUGAAAAAAGACGUGGACUUUGCUGCUUUGGAGAAAGAGUGGAGGGAGAUGUUUGCAUUCGCCUGGACUGAUUUUCAUCGCUUCCUGCUCGGAUGGAUGCCUGGACACUGGAAAAUCAACCGCUACAGCAAACAGCUGACCAGACUGGUUCUGAACAAACUGAAACGUGGAACUAAAGCUUCAGAAAGUUGAUUGUGUAGCUGAAGUUAGCAAAGUACACUCUUGUGUUCAGGUUGGUCUUCGCUACAUGAAAACUGACAAAUAAAUCAA